CUAGUUUUGAAAUAAAUUCGAAGUUUUUUUAUUCAUUAAGAUGAAAAUGAUAUUGUUGUAUUGAUGUUUAUUCGGCAAGGAAGAAAGAUCAUCGUUGCUUCAAGCAAUUACAAAUCAGCAUUACCUCCAGGAAGAUCUCGCCCAUCAGUUCCUGUAAUUUUCACCAAACCAACAUCUUGCUACAUAGUAGAAGGGCAAGAAAUUGAGUUAAAUCCUCAUUUUAAAGAUGUCAAACAUGAAAUUGAAUUAGGAGUCAUUAUUGGAAAAAGAUGCAAAAAUGUUAGCGAAAAAGAAGCAAUGGAUUAUGUGGGAGGAUACUGUCUUGGCUUAGACAUGACUGCUGCUUGUUAUCUGUCAGAAUCAAUGAAACAUGGGUUGCCUUGGGCCUUAAGUAAAAGUUUUGAUACUUCCAAUCCUGUGAGUCGAUUUGUAUCAACACAAGAAUUGCCAAAUCCUCACGAUGUGCGACUUUGGUGUAAGGUCAAUGGUUUGACCAGACAGGAUUCGACUACUGCUGAUUUAAUAUUCACAAUUCCCGAAUUGAUAAGUUAUUGCUCCAAAUUCAUGACUUUGGAACCAUGCGACCUCAUAAUGACCGGAACCCCGCAAGGUGUUGGUUCCGUAAACAAAGGAGAUAUAAUCGAAGGCGGCCUAGGAGAUUUCCUCACGAUGACAUUUUACGUUAAAAAAUAAUUUGAAUUAAAAAAUUAUAGCUCUUUAUUCAUAGAAAUAUAUAAGGUCGCUUGUGAUAAGUAACCUUGUGA